UGGGUGCCCAAUGUGGGAAGCGGCAGCAGUGGCGGCGGUGGAGCGGGCUGUAGCUUGCAGGGAGGGUUUUCGCACGGAGGCUUGUGCUGGAGUCCAGGGCCGGGAGCUGGUGGGGGGAGGCUGCACCUUUCUGUCUGCAGACCAAUUAUUCCUGGCCUGGAGGACAAGGGCUUUUGGGAAGUUGGUGUCUGCCAUGGUGGGCAUAUUGGCAUGGGUGAUCCACACUACCGAUCAGGGCUGAAGGAUUAAAUGCCCCCAGUGGGCAGGAGCAGGAGGAGUCUAGCUCUACAGAGUCCACGUCAUUUCGCCUGGGAGGAGGCCUGACUUUCCAUGCACUGGGGACUUCCUUUCCAUCAGCCAUGCCGGAGUCUCCUGAGCUGGCUGUCUGCCUUAUAAAGGGGGAUCUGCUGCCGCCUGCGCUGAGCGCUGCUGGACCACAGCCACUGUUUGGCCACCUCCGUCUUCCCAUGCAGACCACCUUGUAAAGCUGCUUGGAUUGGAUUCCUAGAGAAAAGACAUCAUCUUUUUUAUUUUUAUUUCCCCCCCGUUUUAUUCUCCCCCCAAGCCGUUCCCCGGAUAUCAUGGCUUCAGUGUGGAAGAGGUUGCAGCGUGUGGGCAAACAUGCCUCAAAGUUUCAGUUCGUGGCAUCGUAUCAGGAGCUGAUGGUGGAAUGCACUAAGAAAUGGCAGCCAGACAAAUUGGUUGUGGUGUGGACGAGAAGGAGUCGAAGGAAAUCAUCCAAGGCACAUAGCUGGCAGCCGGGUAUAAAGAACCCGUACCGCGGGGUUGUGGUGUGGCCUGUUCCAGAAAAUGUUGAAAUCACUGUGACUCUUUUUAAGGACCCUCAUGCAGAAGAGUUUGAAGACAAAGAAUGGACAUUCGUGAUAGAAAAUGAAUCUCCAUCUGGUCGUCGGAAAGCUCUUGCAACCAGCAACAUCAACAUGAAGCAAUACGCAAGCCCUAUGCCUACCCAAACUGAUGUCAAGCUAAAAUUCAAGCCCCUAUCCAAAAAGGUUGUGUCCGCCACUCUGCAGUUCUCCUUAUCUUGCAUUUUCCUCAGAGAAGGCAAAGCUACGGAUGAAGAUAUGCAGAGCCUUGCCAGUCUGAUGAGCAUGAAGCAAGCGGACAUAGGAAACCUGGAUGACUUUGAGGAAGACAAUGAGGAUGAUGAGGAGAAUAGAGUUAACCAGGAAGAGAAGACCGCUAAAAUCACAGAAAUUGUAAACCAAUUGAAUGCCUUGAGCAACUUACACGAAGAUCAAGACGACUCCAUAAAACGAGCGCACAUGCCUGCAGCUAAACCAUCCAGUCCUCAUGAAGAGCUUAUUAACAAGUUAAACUUUCUGGAUGACGAGGAGCAAGAUUUGGUGAACUCUGGAUCAAACCCCUUCGAAACUUCUGACGCACCCGAGCUAAAUCCAUUUGAAGACCUGGACGCUGAAGAUACAACUGUGGAGAAAACCCCUUUAAAGGUGGAGGAGCCUUUUAAAGAUUAUAACCCAUUUAAGGACUCCGAGGCCACAACAUACCGAAACCCAUUCGAUGAGCCGGACACGGGGCCGGAUUUGGCUAUUGAACUUCAUAAGGAAUCCCCACCACAGCCAGCAAAGAGGAAGAAUGCCAGACCUGUGGAUAUGACCAAAUACCUCUACGCUAACAAAGCCAGGCAGGAAGAGGAUGAGCUUGAUGAGUCAAACCCAUUCUAUGAACCAAAAGAGAGUGUGGACACAAUCCAGAGCUGGCCUAUUAAAGAGUCUGAACAGGAGAAGAAGAUGAAACGGAAGGCACCGGCUCCUCCAACACCCGCACCAAAGAAAGAGGACCCUCCACGCACCCCGCUUUCUGUCCCUGCAGGCAAGGAGCUCUCCUCUUCCCCUAAGCCAAGUCCGUUACCAAGUCCAAUUCUAGGUAGACAACCCAAUGCCAGCCAGUCAUUGCUCGCUUGGUGCAAAGAAGUAACAAAAUCCUAUAGAGGAGUAAAAAUAACUAACUUCACCACCUCAUGGAGGAACGGGUUGGCGUUCUGUGCAAUAUUAAACUACUUUAGGCCGGACUUGAUUGACUACAAGUCCCUCAAUCCCCAGGAUAUUAAAGAAAACAACAAAAAGGCUUACGAUGGAUUUGCCAGUAUAGGAAUUUCCCGAUUACUUGAACCAUCUGACAUGGUUUUAUUAGCAAUCCCAGACAAGUUGACUGUCAUGACGUAUCUUUAUCAAAUUCGGGCACAUUUUUGUGGACAAGAAUUAAAUGUGGUUCAGAUUGAAGAGAACAGUAGUAAAAGCACAUACAAAGUUGGCAACUACGAAACAGACACUAACAGCUCCAUCGACCAGGAGAAGUUUUAUGCUGAACUUAGUGACUUGAAUAGCGAACCCACAUUGGAACGUCAGGAAGCAAUGGGCACCAUACCAGAUGUAGUGUCACAGAGCGACUCUUCUGUAACUAGUGACACUGUGAUAAGGAACCAUGAUGGCAAAUCCCAAGAGUUAAGUGAUCAAGCCAAUAAUGAAAGUGACUUGACUGCACCUUUGACUAGAAGCCACCUAGAAAACGUGGGCUCUAGUAGAACUUUCGAACCUGAGAAAGUGAGGAGUGACAGCACAUACACAAGUCACUCCCAAGCAAAGCCCAUUGCUGCUAAAAGGAAGUUGCUGAAACCUGAUGUCACAGAUCUUAGCGAUUUAUCUUGUGUCCCAGAUACUGGUAAGAAUGUUUCACCAUCUGCAUCUGUGUCUGGAGAUCUCCAUGGACGUGGUGUACCGGAGCAAGCAAAGCAUAGCCCACCCUCUGCACUAGAAUGUAAGGGGCUGGAAACCAGCACCCAAGUCAAAACUACCAAUGUUUCACCUACUGGCCUAAUUGGAGACUCCUAUGAAAAGGUUUUUGAUAGUUCCCUUAAAGUCCCAUCUAUUCCACAAACUGGGAUCAGUGCCCUUCUGGAUGCUGCAAAAACUGCAUCGAACCAUUCUGAUCAAACUGGAAAAACACCCGAGCAGCGAAUGCUGUCCCGUCAAGAGGAACUGAAAGAGCGAGCCCGGUUAUUACUGGAGCAGGCCAGAAGGGACGCAGCACUGAAGGCAGGAAGCAAGCCGAGGCAGGGCACUGCAGCCACUACACGUGCCAAGCAGCUAAGUGAUCAGCAAGAUGAAGAGAGGCGCCGGCAGCUGAGAGAGCGAGCACGUCAACUCAUAGCAGAAGCUCGAUCUGGAGUGAAGAUGUCAGAACUUCCCAGUUACAAUGAGGCGUCUGCAGAAAAGUUGAAAGAAAGAGCAAAGACAUCUGGAGAUGAGGAUGAUAUUAACAAAGCACUUACUAAUGUGGACAGUCCUGAUUUUCCUCUUGUAUGUGGUGGAGGUGCUGAUGAAUCCACUAACCUAGACCCAGAUCUUCCUGCCGGACAGAACGCUAACUCUGUGGACGUCAAGUUGAAGAAACUUCUGGAGUCUCAGCCACAGGUGGCAAACUCCCUGUCUAAUGCUGCUCAGAAAACAUCACCCGAAGCCUCCGACAGAGACUUUAAGAAUGGUACUGAUGUAUCUGGCGCAGACAGACAGCACAAACCUUCAGAUCGCUUCAAGAAUCCUGUUGUGAUCAACAAAGAUCUAGCAGUCAGGAAAAUAGAACUAGAGUCCUUCAGCCAAUGGGUGGAGAUCUGUCCAGAGAUGAAAAGGCAGAGAUCAAUGCAAGAGGACACAAAAAGAGGGAAUGAAGGAGCAGUGAUAACCGAGACCCAGAAGAAGCCCUCAGAAGAUGAAGUGCUAAAUAAAGGGUUCAAAGACACCAGUCAGUAUGUAGUAGGAGAAUUGGCAGCCCUAGAGAACGAGCAGAAUCAAAUUGACACCCGUGCCGCGCUGGUGGAGAACCGCCUCCGCUAUCUCAUGGACACAGGAAUGUAUACAGAGGAAGAGGAGACGUUGAUGCAGGAAUGGUUCAUGCUUGUGAACAAGAAAAACGCCCUGAUCAGGCGAAUGAACCAGCUCUCACUCCUGGAAAAAGAACAUGACCUCGAGAGACGGUUUGAGCUACUAAACCGAGAGUUACGAGCAAUGCUUGCUAUAGAAGACUGGCAAAAAACUGAAGCCCAGAAGAGACGGGAGCAACUUUUACUUGAUGAACUGGUUAUCCUGGUUAACAAGCGCGAUGCCUUGGUCCGAGACUUGGAUGCCCAGGAGAAAGAGGCCGAAGAAGAAGAAGAACACUUAGAAAGAACUCUAGAACAAAACAAAGGAAAAAUGACAAAAAAAGAAGAGAAAUGCGUAAUCCAGUGACCGCCGCCACCGUUGUCUGAGGAAAGACGCAGCUACGGCCCAAAAUCCUGCGUGCAUUGUGGUUUCGCUAAAGUGACUGGAAGCACUGUAUAAAGACUAUAUAUACCGAAACCUUUGCCAAGGGGGGGAGGCCUGAGUCACAAAAGUUUUUGGGUUUGUCGCUCUGAAACGUUUGAACUUUUAUUUUAUUUUUUUAACACAACUUUUGCGUUCAUGGAGACUGCAAAAGCAUUCUGGCACUGAUGGGGUUAAAGGAAUGCUUCUUGCACCACGCCGCUGUACGCGCUGAAGCUGGAUACACAGAGGCGGCCACCUGUUGUAUGGCCCAGGGACUUCUUAAAGCAACUUUUCUUCCAUUAGCAGUCGCCUAGUAAGAUACUAUUGACAGUCGGGGGGCGGGGGGGGACGGACUUAUUAGAGCGGCUGAACAUUGUUAUAAUUGAGCUAAACCGGAGGCUGCGGCGUCUCCUUCAAUGGUCUCACCUAGUCCUGCCAUUUUCUAUUGCUAUGUAAGCUACCUACGUUUUUAAUUUCCAUGAUAUACAUGCCAGGCUGUAUUUUACAGGUGUUUAUUCCGAGCAGCUAUUUUACAUAAUAGUCUCCACAAAUAAAUUAAAUACCGUGUAUGUUUCCGCCAGAGGAUUGACCCGUGUGUCAUAGAUUUUACCCACAAGCCCCUUCCAUAUUACGUUUUUGGCUUCAAAAACCUGCUGCAGUUUACAUUUCUCAGUCUGAGGCUUAACCGUUUGUGGGAGAGAAAACCUAUUUAUUUCCUGCUUUUAACUACGACUGAAACUAUACAUUAUUAGCUUAUGAUGGCGUUGCUAUUUAUUUCUGCAAAAAAAUAAAAAAAAAUAAUUAGAAAAAAAAAAUAGCUCUUUGUGUCAUGCCACAUUGUACCGGUAUGAUAUAUACUGUGUCCUGUCAGAAUAUACAACAUGUCACAUUGGUGCAACUGUUUAUUUAUUACUGUCUCAUACAAUUUUCAAUAAAAUCAGAAUAUUUCUUACCGUA